AUGAAGUCCGUUCCGCGGCCGAACAGGCCCGGGACUCGCAGCAGGUCCGUCUUCAGUUCCGUCGACCUUGACUGCUCAUCACUCACUUUCGUACCAGCCCCGCUCACUCGUUCAGGUCGGCGUCUCCCAAGAGGAGCUCCAGCAAAUCCCGGCCCAACUUCGUGCACUCGCUGCGACCGCGACCCCGGCAAUGCCACCUCCCGCCUCCGCCCCUCGCCUGCUCCGAAUCCCCCUCUCGUCGAGUCCGUCGACCAUGAGUUCCAGCAAAGGAUGGUGGACAUGCUGAAGCAGACGGGGAGGUCAGAAAUGGUGGUCGGGUGGUACCACUCUCACCCGGGCUUCGGGUGCUGGCUCUCCAGCGUCGAUAUCAACACGCAGCAGUCGUUCGAGCAACUCGACCGCCGCGCCGUUGCCGUCGUCGUGGAUCCCAUCCAGUCCGUGAAGGGCAAGGUGGUGAUUGACGCGUUCCGGCUCAUCAACCCCGCCAUGGUGCUACAGGGACUCGAGCCCCGCCAGACGACGUCGAAUAUCGGGCACAUCAACAAGCCCUCCAUUCAGGCCCUCAUCCACGGCCUCAACCGCCACUACUACUCGAUAGCGGUCAACUACCGGAAGACGGAGCUCGAGCAGGCGAUGCUCAUGAACCUGCACAAGCGCAACUGGACAGAGGGUCUCACGCUGCGCGACUUCAAGGGCCACAAAGAGGGAAACGAGAAGGCGAUCAAGUCCAUGCUGUCGCUGUCGUCCGCGUACAACAAGUCGGUUCAAGAGGAAUCCACCCUGUCCGCGGACCAACUGAAGACGCGGCACGUCGGAAAGCAGGACCCAAAACGCCAUCUCGAGGAGCAGGUCGAGAAGGCCAUAGGGGAUCAGGUGGUGCAGAACCUCGGCACGAUGCUUCUCGCAGAAUUGUAGCGCUAUCAUUAUCCCGGACUUCGCCUUUUAGCUCCCUCCAUUCUGUAUUGACGUCGCAUUGCAUCUGGG